AUGUCGUGUAAUACCCAGCCAAUCUCCACCCACGGGGAGAGCAGAUUGCUCCUAAGGGCUGUUUCGUAUUAUCUCUACCAAUAUCAACCACAACGACCCCGCUCGAAUCACGCUAAAACCGUUGCUAUUACCUCAACCACUAGCUUUCCUGCCGCCAUGUCGAUGGUGGAUUCCUCUAACAGGAAAAGGCCCCGUGAGUUUGCAGACUCCAACACUGGCCCCACCUCCGCAUCCGCACAGUCUCAAACCACAACCACGGCCACGGAUGUGUGGAAGAGCCACCCAAAAGCGUUCCACAACCACCGGUACGGAUAUGGAGCCAUUCCUCAUGAUGAAGAUGUGAUUAAUCUUAUUUCCGAUGACGAGAACUACGCUUUUGCUGAGAGUCCAAAGGGCUCCAAGGCAGACACAGACACGAAUUCGGGGCUGAUGCUCCCUGAAGACUUUGCUUAUCUUGAUAACGACUCGUCCGUUGCUUUACUGGACGAUGACGACGAUGAAGACAUUUUGGAGGCCGGAUCGGGCUCCGAUUAUGGCGCUCAGCGGUUUGCGCCUGUCGCAGACACGGACGAAGACAGUCGCGACUUUAUAGCACGCGGAAACGCAAGAACGUUCCGAACUGCAUCGGCAUCGUCGUAUUCCGGGACGAAUUUCAUGACCAAGCCGGCGAAGCCAUUCAAGAAACCAAGAACCAACUCGUUACCACAACUGCCCCACACUCGUGUGAGCUAUCAGCCGCCUCCCACCCUUCACGAGGCCGUUACCAAGAAGGUUGGCGAUGUCAAGACGAACUUCAUACCCUACCAGAACUACACGUUUGGUAUUGCUGCCCGGAAGACGUCGUUGGACUCGACGUCGCUGGACUCGGGAUCGCCGAAAAGACUAGAUUUUGGUCACCAGAAGAAGCAGCAACGCAACUCUCAGAACCCCAACAAUCGCCAGCUGACUGAAGAGACCUGUGACGAUUCUGAUGGCCAUUAUGUGAUCAAACCUGGUGACUUGUUUGCUAACAACAGGUUUAAGUUCCAGAAGCUUCUGGGCCAGGGAACCUUUGGGAAGGUGGUGAGUGCAGUGGAUAUGCGUUCUCAGUCUGUGUGUGCAAUCAAGAUCAUUCGCGCUAUCCCCAAGUACCGCGAAGCAAGCAAGAUCGAGCUCAGAGUCCUAUCCACUAUCAAGAAACACGACCCUAUGAACAGAAACCAUUGUAUCCACUUGCGCGAGUGCUUCGACUACAGGGGCCAUAUAUGUAUCGUGACGGACCUAUUGAAGGUGUCACUAUUUGAUUUUCUUGAAAACAACAGGUUCUUUCCAUUUCCGGGCUCUCAUAUCCAGGCUAUUGCCAAGCAGCUAUUGAGAUCUGUGGCUUUUCUUCAUGAUCUGAACCUUAUCCACACCGAUCUGAAGCCGGAGAACGUUCUUCUCCAGGACGAUUCCUAUACCAAAAAGCCGUUUGAGGGUCGUUCUUAUCGCAAAGUGCUCACUGAUCCUUGUAUCUACACCAUUGAUUUUGGCUCUGCCAUCUUCAGCGACGAAUACCAUUCGGUGGUCGUUUCCACACGGCAUUACCGCGCCCCCGAGAUCAUUCUGGGGAUCGGUUGGUCAUUCCCGUGCGAUUUAUGGUCAGUUGGGUGUAUUCUAGUGGAGCUAGCGACUGGUGAUGCUCUCUUCAAGACUCACUCAAACCUGGAGCACCUAGCAUUAAUGGAGAAGAUUCUCCAACAAAAACUGGACGUUUCGCUGGUAGCGAAAUGUAAAGCUAGACGGCGUCGCAACUCUGGCCAACAGAGCCAGGAGAAUGUGGCUGAUCUGUUCUCGCCCGCUGGAAGACUGGUUUUUCCUGGACGCGAGACCACACCCAAGUCAAUUGAAGAGGUUGCCAAGGCUGUCACUUUGGAUGAGCUGAUCGGUUCGCGGUGUGGCUUCCGGAUAGAUACAAAGCUUUCUCUCGAGGAGAAUUACUCCAGGUUUGGUGUCAAGAGGAUUGAACGCGAUUCCUUCAAAUUUUGGUUCUACUUUAUUGAUUUGAUCAAAAGAUUGCUCGCGUAUGAUCCAGACAGAAGGCUGAAGGCUGUGGAUGCGUUGGAACAUCGGUGGUUUGACCUUGGGAUAUAUGAUGAUGGUACGGUAUGA